AAAUAAACGACUGUUGGUCUUCGUUCCGCGUUCUCUCUGUGGUGUGAAGUGUUCAGUUAACAUUGUGUGUGUUGUGGCUUUAGGUCUUCCCGCCUUCCGGUGGCUGCUGAUUACACGUGUUACAACUGGUGAUGGAGGUGCAGACGGAAAAACGCGAUGAGAACCUAGACGAACCCCCUCUGAUCCCAAUCAGGGCUGCUCCCGGUUCAACCCCACGCCAGCCGCCACUGCUCGAAACAUCAUCAGAUUACUCCGUUUGGAAAUUUAAAGUCACAGCCUACCUUCAGAGAGUCCCAUUGACCGAGCAUUUCAACUACCUCGUUUCCUAUCUGAGCGAUGAAGCAGUACGCAGGGCUAUUGCGAAUGGUUUUGCGGCCAGUAACACCCUCUCACAAAACUGGAGAAUUCUAGAUGACUGUUUUUCCAUGCCUGUAGACACUCAGCAGAUGACAAUUCAGUUCUUAUCACGCCAUCAGAAAGCGAGCGAGAGCCCAAUAGACUAUCUCCAUUCCCUGCAGCAAGUCGCAGUGCAGGCAUUCCCUCGGUUAGAUAUGAUAGGACGAGAGGAACUAAUACGCUCACGUUUUGUCGAGGGUCUGUUACCUGGACCACUCAAAGAACAUUUUCUUCGAAAUCCGCCAGCUGAUACAUCUGAAGUAAAAAGAACAACAUUACGUUUCCUGGCCGCUGACAAAUUAGUGAAUUCAGCCAGUGCACAUUCAUCAUCAGUAACGACGGUUGAACGAGCUACAAAACCUAGUGGCCCGGACACCUGCCAGACUACAGUGGCUGUGACCGACCUUCCCGGCCGAGGUGUUAUCCACAGACAAUCUAAUUCGAGGUGGAAUAAACAACCAGCAUGGGGAAACUACAAUGGGCGUCAGGCUGGCUGUAUAUAUUGCAAACGGUUUGGCAGGAACGCCAGAAGAUGUGGUCACAAUCGCCCCCGUAAACCAGAGCAAGCAAGAAUAAACGCCUUAGAAGAAGAAGAGCAAGCCCUACACGCACUAAACUUACAGGACGACUCAUAAGACCGUUUUGUAAACUAGCUCUCUUUCUGUACAGAACCCGCG